GGUUCAAAAAAUUUGUUGUGUUCGAAGUAUAAUAAUAAAAAGAAGAAAGUUCUUUUGCGAUCAGAUUUUUGUUUAUUAUAAAAUUUAGUUGAUUUAUAACGUGAAAACAGGAUUGGGAAUUUAUUACGUCGCAUGAAAUUUAGAUUAGAACACAAUAAAUAAAGAAAUACAGAAACUGACAUGCAUUAAAUUUAUUUGCGCAUGAUAUGGAGCUCUAUCGCUUCAAUUUUAUAUAUCUUCUACUUCUUCUGACAGUUAAUUUAUCAGAUUCAUUACCUACAACUCAGAAAGAUUUAUCAAGUGGUACGAAAAAAGGAUGUGCGAAAGGAGCGUUAUACAAUCGCAACAGCCUAUCAAAGCCGAAAGGUAAAGAGAUUCACAUUAUCACCACAGACAUCAAUGAAGUACUGAGUGGGAUCAAAAAAAGAUCUGCGGAGGAGGAUGACUGCACUGAGAAGAAGAGUGAAACACCAAGCAUUCACGAAAAUGCGGUAGGAACGCUUCAUACUGAAGUGAAAGCUAAGAAAUCUGAGCAAACUCACCUUACAAGUAUAGACAAUAAAAAAAAAUCCGAGUUAAGUUUAAAAUUAAGUCAACUCGAUAAAAAAUCACACUCAUAUCCAGAUGCUUUAUCGCAUAUCAUGAAAGAUUUGUCUGGUGCGAAACGCACGGUAUCGAAAACUCCAAAUCUAAAGACACUUAAAAAUUCGCCAUUAUGGAGUUUAUCGAAAUUAAUAGAUGAUGUUAGCGCUAUUACUGCCAAGAAAUCUCAUAAAAAUGCAACUGACACGAAAGAACCAAUCAGUGAAACACAUGCAUCAAUCUUUCCAGUUAGUGACAAACAUAAAACUGGCACAGUAAAAGCAACGCUAUCCACCACCUCUGAAAAUAAAGGCUUGAAGGCCACAUUAGCUAAGGCUAUAGCCAAAGUUGAGAAGGUUGUAGCUAGUAAAAAUGCUGCUCAAAGAAAAAUUAUCACCACUGUUGACAAACCCAUAACGAAUCUUCUGGAAAAAGACAAAGCUAUUGUGAAUAGUUUUGAAAAAGAUAAAUCAAUACUUAAUCCUAACUUCAAAAACAAAACCAUUGAUGCUAACAAAAAGACAAGCGAUAACGCCACAGCAACAAAACCGAAAGCAGCUCCACCGGAUCCAUAUGCAGAAAUUGCUGCAGGUCCUGAUCGUCCUAAACUUCCGGAACUAAAAGGUGGAGAUACUGCCGGUGCAAGUGAUGGUCCUUUAAUGAAACUUGGUAGUGGUGGCGGUGGUGGUGGUGGAAGUGCAGAACAAGUGGUGAGUGAUUCUGCCAAAGGUGCCAAGCCUUUAAGUGGACAACAUGAUGUUGGUGGUUUAUUGGAUUCUCUCACAGAUAAACUGAAUGCUGCAGGAGGUGGAGUAGCGACGGAUCAACCAAUCAGUGGGAAUGAAGUCAAGUAUCUACAAACACAGCUAGGAAUGGAAGAUGAAACUGGAAAACAAGCUGAACCAAUGCCUGGUCAAGGUCCUCCUGCAAUUGCACCUGAGGUACAAGGACAGGAGCAAGCAUCAGAAGCACCUCCCGAGGCAGUUCCAGAGCAAGGAGUUGGUCCUGUUGACAAACUAAAAGAUGAAGCUGAUAUGAAUGAAGCACAUAGAAUAGCUGAAUCUAGCGGUACAGCAAAAAUGGAAGCACCACAAGAAGAAGAAGGACUUGAUAAAGAAGUGAUGGAAAAACUGGCUAACACUGAAGAAGGUUUGAGUAAAUCUAUAGCGGAUAAAGCAAACUCCUUGAGCAAACUUGGUGCUCUGGAUAUACUGAAAGGUGCACAAAAAGGAGCUCCUGAAGAGAUGACAGAUUACUCUGACGCAGAUAUUUCUCCAGGUCCUGAUCCGUAUGCCAUACCAAGUGCAGAACCAGGUCGAGCUGCUUCAAGUAUGCCUGCUGGUGCUAAUUAUAAUUCUCAAGAACUGGAAACAUCUAAUCUGUUAAACUCUGGCAAUUCCUUGCAAGGUUCUGACGGUUUAGAACGUGGUGUGUCUGAAGGAUUCGCUCAAAGCGAUGCUGCUGGAUUCGAGCAGCGUGAAGAAGGUGAAGGAGAGAGAGGCUUUGGCGAUGAGAUCACUGGCAAUACACGAUCGCGAACCAAGAAUGACGAUUCGUAUAUUAGCGAAGCAAUGAACGCCAUGGGUGAUACUCCAUUUACCACACGACAAAACAUCCCCGAUGCUUUGUGGGAUGGUGCAAAAGGACUCGAUGGUUCAGAUUCAUAUAACACCAACUAUAACACGCAAAUGUUUAAAAAGAAUAUUAUACUGAGACCAAAGAAAGAUAACUAUGUUUCGCCGUUUAGUGGUAAAGAAUCGUUUGAAAAUGAUGUUUAAAACCGUAUUGUUUAUAGAGAUGUGAGAAGUCUUUAAGUAUUCCAGUGAACAUAGAAGUAGCUACGACCCUAAUAUUUUGUAGUACUUUAGGGUCAAUAUUGUCGACCCUAAAAGCAGUUUUUGUUGACUGUGUAUACAAGUAGUAGCGAGUUGUUACGAACAACAAAUUAAAAAAUCCAGGGAUAAGGGAUUUGAAGAAAGAUAAUUACAUUUUACCUUGGAGAAGAUUUUACUGAUAAAAAGUAUACAUGCACAACGGUUUUAACGGCUAAGGAAAAGAAUCUUCAAUUUCGAGCUUUUGUAUUGCUAAAUAGUUUUUCUUUCAUCCUUUUCGGAGAGUCGAAAGCAUUUUAUUUUUGAAUAGAAAAACUGUAUGCAAUAUGGCGAAAGGUGAAAAAAAGUUUUUACGAGUUCAAAAUCUAAAGGAAAUUUUAGCAACGCUUGAUAGUAUGUGAAUUAUUUUUCUACUUCUACGAAAAAAUUAAUUUUAUACACAACUUUUUACUGUAGAGAUAAUUUUUUUAUCAGUUUUUUUGAACAUAUACAUAACAAUUAGUAUUUUACAUAUCUUUAAUUUUUUAAAUAAACACUCAGAGACAAGAAUGUUUGGAAAAAGUGUUGACCUUCUGUUAUGAACAAAUGUUCAUCGUUGCUGUAAAUUUUUAAUUAAGGGAUGGUUCGUAAAUUUCAGCGUUUGUUUCAAAUCACAGAUAGGGGACUUACGCAAACCCAUAUUUGAUGGUUGACGGUACCUGUACCGAAUGGGAAUAGCGAACUGCUUUGGAAAUAACCAAUCUGUAAA